AGAAAAAACGGACCUACAAUGACAAAUAAAAAAAGUAGGGAUGAGCGCCAUGUCUGAUUCAAGCGUAGUGUAAUAGAGAACGGGACAUUUUAACGUUUUAGCUCCAGGGUCGGGGAUCGCGUUCGGUCUCGGUAUCGAGGAUGUCCGAGGGCGCAGGUGUUCAGCAGGGCUCCCCGGCCAUCGGUGCGGCGGGAUCGGCUCCUGCGGCUCCGGGAGCCGGGGGAACGGAGGGUUCGGGCGCCACGGUAGGAUCGGCACGAAUCGCGGCGAAGAAGGCGCAGCUCCGCUCCUCCCCGCGCCCUAAGAAACUGGAGAAGCUCGGAGUGUAUUCCUCUUGCAAGGCUGAGGGGGCCUGUAAGUGUAACGGCUGGAAGAGCCAGAAUCCCCCCCCCACGCCGCCCCGUACAGACCAGCAGCCCAACACUGUCAACCUGCUGGAGCCCUGCCGCAGUUGUUCCCACACACUGGGUGACCAUGUAACCCACCUAGAGAACGUCUCAGAGGAGGAGAUGAACAGGCUUCUGGGUAUAGUCCUAGAUGUGGAGUACCUGUACACAUGUGUACACAAAGAAGAGGAUGCUGACACCAAACAAGUCUACUUCUCCCUCUUCAAGCUGUUGAGGAAAUGCAUCCUUCAGAUGGGCAAACCUGUGGUGGAGGCGCAGGAAAGUCCUCCCUUUGAGAAACCCAGCAUCGAACAGGGGGUGAAUAACUUUGUCCAGUACAAGUUCAGCCAUCUUCCCUCCAAGGAGCGUCAGACCAUUGUGGAGCUGGCCAAGAUGUUCCUCAACCAGAUCAACUACUGGCAGCUGGAGACGCCCUCACAGAGACGACAGCGGGCGCCUGCUGAUGAUGCUGCCGGGUACAAAGUCAACUACACCAGAUGGCUGUGCUACUGCAAUGUCCCCCAGUUCUGUGACAGUCUACCGCGGUACGAAAUGACCCAGAUCUUCGGUCGGACCCUGCUGGGCUCAGUCUUCACUGUGAUGAGGAAACAGCUGCUAGAGCAGGCCAGGCAGGAGAAGGAUACGUUACCCCCGGAGAAACGCACUCUCAUCCUUACACACUUCCCCAAAUUCCUGUCCAUGUUGGAGGAGGAAGUGUACAGUCACAGCUCUCCCAUCUGGAGCGAAGACUUCCUGGUUGGAUCCACAGGAGGACAGAUCCAAAUCCAUACAGUGAUCAGUGCGCCCCCGGUGGCCAGGCCUCUGUACUACAGCACCAGCCCAGUAUCAGUGGACCCAUCGAGCUGUGGCAGUGUCAGUCCUGCCAGGAAGACAGCCUCUGCUCUGGAACCCAGCCCAGGUGGUCAGAAGCGGAAGCCAUCGGAGCCCAUCCCCCAUGACGAGACUAAGAAGCUCAGGAUCGUAGGCGACAUCCCCAUGGAACUCAUCAACGAAGUCAUGGCAACCAUUACUGACCCGACCUCCAUGCUGGGACCAGAGACCAGCCUGCUGUCGGCCCACUCAGCCCGUGAUGAGGCGGCACGCCUGGAGGAGAGGAGGGGGGUGAUAGAGUUCCACGUCAUCGGGAACUCCCUCAACCAGAAGCCCAACAAAAGGAUCCUGAUGUGGUUGGUGGGCCUCCAGAACGUCUUCUCCCACCAGCUGCCUCGCAUGCCCAAAGAGUACAUCACACGCCUCGUCUUCGACCCGAAGCACAAGACGCUGUCGCUGAUCAAAGAUGGCCGUGUGAUUGGAGGAAUCUGUUUUCGGAUGUUUCCCUCACAGGGUUUCACAGAGAUCGUGUUCUGUGCUGUCACCUCCAACGAGCAGGUCAAGGGGUAUGGCACUCACCUGAUGAACCACCUGAAAGAAUAUCACAUCAAGCACGACAUCCUUAACUUCCUCACCUACGCAGACGAGUACGCCAUUGGCUACUUCAAAAAGCAGGGCUUCUCUAAAGACAUCAAGGUUCCCAAGGCCAAGUAUCUGGGCUACAUCAAAGAUUAUGAGGGAGCGACGCUGAUGGGCUGUGAGCUCAACCCCAGCAUCCCUUACACCGAGUUCUCCGUCAUCAUCAAGAAACAGAAGGAGAUCAUAAAGAAACUGAUAGAGAGGAAGCAGGCUCAGAUCAGAAAGGUCUACCCAGGACUUUCCUGUUUUAAGGAAGGAGUUCGGCAGAUUCCCAUUGAGAGCAUUCCUGGAAUACGAGAAACUGGAUGGAAACCGGUGGGAAAAGGGAAGGAGCUGAAGGAUCCAGAUCAGCUGUACAGCACCCUGAAGACCAUCUUACAACACGUUAAGAGUCACCAGAAUGCCUGGCCGUUCAUGGAACCAGUGAAGAAGACUGAGGCUCCUGGUUACUACCAAGUCAUCCGCUUCCCCAUGGACCUGAAGACGAUGUCUGAGCGUCUGAAGAGCAGGUACUACACCACGCGGAAGCUCUUCAUGGCCGACAUGCAGCGCAUCUUCACCAACUGUCGAGAGUACAACCCUCCAGAGAGCCAGUACUACAAGUGUGCCAACCUGCUAGAGAAGGUCUUCUACACUAAGAUCAAGGAGGCGGGCCUCAUUGAGAAGUGAAGGGAUGGGAGGGGCUUCAAGGGAGAUGGGAGGGGCUUAAAGGGAGAGUGUGGUUUAGUUCUAAUGAUUUUCAAAAGGUUUUUAUUGUCUUAGUCUUUAUUUUUCUACUCUUGUCAACUAGAAAAACAGUAGGACCGGCUAUAUGGUGUAGGGAGGAGGGGUCAAUGUCUGCUGUUCUAUCACUCUCUUCUCUCCAUCCUUGUCAUACUGCCUCCUCUGUCUUUUACUGUGUUUUAUCAGUCUCUGCUUCUCCUUGCUCCACCUUGUCUUUGUUGACUCAGGAAAACAGAUGUCAUGUAGAAACUCCACCUGUACAGCUAACCUAACCCUACAUCUGUUCAGAGUCCUACUACAUGCAGAAACUCCACCUGUACAGCUAACCUAACCCUACAUCUGUUCAGAGUCCUACUACAUGCAGAAACUCCACCUGUACAGCUAACCUAACCCUACAUCUGUUCAGAGUCCUACUACAUGCAGAAAGUCCACCUGUACAGCUAACCUAACCCUACAUCUGUUCAGAGUCCUACUACGUGCAGAAACUCCACCUGUACAGCUAACCUAACCCUACAUCUGUUCAGAGUCCUACUACAUGCAGAAACUCCACCUGUACAGCUAACCUAACCCUACAUCUGUUCAGAGUCCUACUACAUGUAGACGUCACAUCUGUAAACAACUGGACUGUCUGGGAGAAACGGGAAGGGAUAAUCAGCCAGUCAGUUACUCAGCCAUUCAGUCUGUCGGUCUCCAGAUUGGUGUUACUGGGUCGUAAUGGUGCAGGGUGAGUUUUGCAGGGUCAGUUUAGCAUUUUCCCUACUAAUGGUAACCGUUAUGAUUGUGGGAUGGGAAGCUGAUCCUUGAUCUGUACCUAGAGGAAACCUCUCCUCAAGAGCCAUAGUAAUCAGUCAUUAGUUCUAAUGUGUGUGUGUGUGUUACCUAAAGCGCGUGUGAGUGUACGCAUGACGUCAUCCGAGGUCUGUGUCUCAGAAUGUAUGAGGUCAAAGUUUCUAUGUAUGUUAUUAGAGUUCAUCCUGCCAAAAAAAGGAAAAUUAUAUUUCAAAUCCACAUGUAUACAUUAAGUAAUUCAAGAGGUUAAACCUCUUGAAUUAUUUAAUGUAUAUUUUCAAUGUACUGUAUAUAAGUUACCCGUCUUGCUUGUCCAUGUAAAAAGUCCCAUAAGGCAAAAGGUGACCAUGGAAAUGCCCUUAUUUAUUUUUUAAGCAACUAUUCAGCACCACAUGGUGAAUAACAACAUUUUUGUUUUCCAUCGAGCUGUUUUGUGUUUAGGGAAAUGCACGCUAUGGCUUAUUUAACUAUGUAUAGUUCAUCCUUAUUUAUGUACCAUAAUUUAAAGGAAUAAUGCUUAACAAAAGGUCUUAAUUUAUUUGCCUAAUUAUUUCUGUCUAGCAAAUGGAGAUUGCUACCUUUGUACUUUGAAGAUAAAAGAAAAGAGAUUGUGCAGUACUAUCUUGUUUUUCUGUUUUGUAUAAAGAUGUUUGUACUUUUUAAACUAUAGGAUAAAUCUGGAUUUUGUGA